AAUCCUUUUAUUCAGUAAAUAAAUUAUACAGUUUUGUUUCAAUACAGCAAGCCUAUCUUUUCUUCUUUCUUUCAUCUUGAGCAAACACACCAAGCAACCUAAGAUUUCUCACAAAAAAAAUUCUCAUUCUUGAAUUCAGAUACCCAACACACAUCUUCUGUUAAUCGACCCACGUACAAAAUCAGAUGCCUUAAUUAUCUAAUCUAAAACAAAUAAAAUGAAAUUAGAUAUAUAGAAUGACAGGGAGGAAUUAGAGAUGGAAUUGUCGGCCGAAGAAGGGAGGGCUCGCCGCGAGGAGAGAUGAAGGCUCGGCGGUGGCUACUCGUCGGAGCAGGAGAGCGGCGGUGGCCGUUGUUUUAUUUUUCUUUUUUUUUAAAAUGAUGUUUUUAUUUGCACCUAAUAUAAGUAUCUAUGUUUUGUUUAGUAUGGCGUCCUACACAAUUCCGAGUUGGCCGUCCAUUUUCCCGCUAAAACCCCAGGGCAGUGCAAACAGGCCUCCUCGGCCAUGGUGGACCCCAACUAAUCGCUCCAUUUCCACAACUCUCCAAUGUCACAAGAUGUACGUGCCAGGGUUUGGGGAAGCCUCGCCGGAAGCCAGAGCAGCAAAACACCUUCACGAUUUCUUCACCUACGUCGCUGUUAGAAUUGUGAUUGCACAGCUUGAGAGCUAUAACGAAGAGGCGUAUGCAGAUAUGAUGAAAUUCAUGGAAAAUCACUCGGUCGAUGACGGGGACAAGUUUUGCGCUGAUUUGAUGCGGGAAUCAUCAAAUCACAAAACUCUAGCUUUGCGUAUAUUAGAGGUUCGAUCUGCGUAUUGCAAAACUGAUUUCGAAUGGGACAACUUAGAGCGAUUGGCAUCAAAGAUGGUGGAGGAUCGUAAUACAAAAGUGAUGAGGGAUUAUUUAUCGGAGACGACAGUGAAUAGUGAUAAUUGAGAAGUGAGAUCUCCUCGGACAUGCACAUAUAUACAUCAUGUGAUUGCUCGAAAUGUUUGUAUAUUUUUUGUGUGGGUUUCUGAGUGAUGCAUGAAUGUAUAAAGGCUACCUAAUCACUUGUAUUCAGAUUAUGAAAUACAAAUUUGAUGGUUUGAAAAACUUGAAAAAAUAAAGAAAUUCAAAAAUGGUUCAUGCGAUCAA